AUGGCUAGUGAGGAGAGUUUUGUUGUUUUGGUGCACCACAGAGGAUCUGUUAAUAGAAAAACUCGUUCCGGAGUAAAGUUCACGGAUAAGAAUCCUCUAUGUAUUGUCAUAACAUCUACGACGAGUUACGAUGACCUUGUUAGCGCUGUACUAAUGAAGCUUGGUCUGGAGGGUGCGAAGCGGAUAAAGAAGUUUUUCUAUCGCAUUCCAGUCACGGUGCUACAGAAUACGGUGAAGUAUGAUUGCUUCACGAUUAAUAAUGAUGCGGACUUGCAAGUAAUGUUUCUCUGUCGGCGGCAGUUUCCGGAGGUGAGGACACCAGAGUUGUUGGCCCGGCUGGUUGAUGUUGUAUCCAGCUCCGGCGGUUCGAACAGGAAUACGAACACUAUAGCGAAUGCAGCAGGUUCUAGUUCCCGGCCUGCCGUUGCUUCCUCGUCCGUCCCUGUGUACGAACCAGUGGUCCAACAUGUCGCCUCCCCAUCUUUCGCUGUUGACCUCAAUGCCACCGAAGGCGACGAGGUAGUGGAAAGGGAAAAUUUGCCGAACGCUUUAGUGGGAGUUGCACCUGUUGGCGUAGGAGACGGUUUUUUGGACGAUGAAGACGAGGAUGACGUCGAGCCGGAUAUGAUUGACGAUGAUAGCGCUGAUGAUAUUGGAGCGACUGGGCCUGCAUUGGAGGUAGGUGGUUCUAGCUCUGGCACACAGCAGUAUCCACCACAUUUUCCUCAUUGGACUUGGACGCCAUGA